AUGGCUUCUUCAAGAAUAUUUAUUCGGGGGUUACCCCCAAAACUUACGGAAAAUGACUUUAAGCAGCAUUUUUCAUCUCAGCAGCAGAUCACAGAUGCAAAGCUGAUCCCUCACCGCCGCAUCGGCUACAUUGGGUAUAAAACCCCAGAAGAUGCUCAGAAGGCUGUGAAGUAUUUCAAUAAAUCCUUCAUUCGCAUGUCCAGGAUUGCAGUGGAAAUUGCUCGCCCGUUCAAUGACGACAAUUUACCCUUAUCAAGGCAGCAGCGUAAACAAGACAAGGCUACUGAUGGUCGUAACAAUGUCACCGCUGAGGCUCCUGGACAAGAAUCGUCACAAGACAAUCCCCUUAAACGGAAACGUGAGGGACGAGACGAUAAGGAGGAUCUAGAGAAGGAUCCCAAGCUUCAAGAGUUCUUGGAAGUGAUGCAGCCGACGUCCAAAUCUCACACUUGGGCAAAUGAAGGCGCAGUAAACCCCACCGCUGACACACAGACGCCCGGUGAUGAAGUUAAACCUCAUGUUCCGGAAGCUGAGAGCGAUGAUGAGUAUGAAGUCGUGCCGAAGCGGUCUAAGACUACUUCGGAAACACACAUACCAUCUACGAACACAACAGUAGCUGGACCUGACCUUCAGUCUAAUGGUCCCGAUGCUGAACCAAAUGGUGAACAUGACGGCACUCAACCCACCGUCCCAUCAGAAGGGGAGCAGGGGCCCUCUGGACCUGUCUCUGAUGCGGAUUGGCUUCGUUCACGUACAAGCAGACUGCUUGGUUUAGAAGAUGAAGACGACGAAGAAUCAAACCUGUUCCAAAGAUCACAGGGCGCAGCAUCACUUGCUCCUAGUGCACAGCCCGUUGAGGAAACGGAGAAACAGGGGGUUCCAAAUGAUAUUUCAGAAGCACAGGAAGAUGUCGAAAUGGCAGAUCCCCACGAGCAAGAUGAGAAGGACUCGAAGGAUGCGGAUCUCGAGACCAUCUCCUCGACCCGCCGACUCUUCCUAAGAAAUCUGCCUUUCUCCACUUCUGAAGAUGACUUGCGGCAGCUGCUAGGCCAAGUUGGCGCGAUUGAAGAGGUACACUUACCGCUUAAUCCAUCCUCAGGUCACAGCAAAGGGUUUGCUUACGCUCUAUUUGCCGAUGGCUCCGCAGCUCAAGAAGCCUACCAAAAGUUCGAUGGUCAAAUCUUUCAAGGGCGGCUUCUGCACAUUCUACCUGCUGCAGCGAAGAGAAGUAAUACGCUUGAUGAGUUUGCUAUCUCCAAAUUGCCUCUCAAGAAACAGCAACAAAUCAAAAAGAAGUCGUCUGCAGCGUCUUCCACUUUCAGCUGGAAUUCGCUUUACAUGAAUGCCGAUGCUGUCAUGUCUUCUGUCUCAGAGCGACUGGGCGUUUCAAAGUCGGAUUUACUUGACCCUACGUCUUCAGACGCUGCUGUCAAGCAAGCACAUGCCGAAACUCAUGUUAUACAAGAGACGAAAGCGUACUUCAAAACUCACGGAGUUGACUUGGACGCAUUUAAGAAGCGUGAACGUGGCGACACGGCCAUUCUCGUCAAGAAUUUCUCAUACGGCACGACAAGUCAAGAGCUGAAGAAGCUUUUUGAAGAAUUCGGUCAAGUUGUACGAUUGUUGAUGCCACCGACGGGCACCAUCGCGAUUGUCGAAUAUGCUCAAGCGCCCCAAGCUCGUGCUGCUUUUAGUAGUCUUGCAUAUCGGAAGAUAAAAGACUCUAUCCUCUUUCUAGAGAAAGCCCCCAAGGAUUUAUUUGUCUCUGGGCCUAUCCCUGAUCAAGUCCCCGUAGCUGGAGGCACAGUGCAAACGCCACAGGCCACAGAGGCCCCACAGGCACGCAGCGCUGAACUUUUGAAGAUGGAUAACCCCGACGCAGGUAUUAGCACAAACACACUGUUUGUGAGAAAUCUCAAUUUCGCCACAACAACUGCGAGACUCCAGGAAGUUUUUCAACCUUUGGAUGGCUUCCUCUCUGCGAGAGUGAAGACGAAGUCAGACCCGAAGCGUCCCGGUCAAACACUUAGCAUGGGCUUUGGGUUCCUCGAGUUUAGAACUAAGGCGCAAGCCGAAGCUGCCCUCGCAUCUAUGAACGGAUAUAACCUUGACGGACACCAGCUACUCCUUAGGAUGUCGCAUAAAGGCAUGGAUGCGGCAGAAGAACAAAGAAAUGAGGCAAAUGCAAAGAAGCUGGCAGGGAAGAGGACGAAGAUCAUCAUCAAGAAUUUGCCGUUCGAAGCUACAAGGAAAGAUAUUCGUGCCCUCUUUGGCCCUUACGGCAAACUCCGAUCAGUGCGAUUGCCGAAGAAGUUCGACAGUUCUACGCGAGGAUUUGCAUUUGCGGAUUUUGUUACGCCGAGGGAAGCCGAGAGUGCCAUGGACGCUCUCAAAGAUACCCAUUUGCUUGGCCGCAGGCUAGUCUUGGACUUUGCCGCUGCAGAAGCCGAGGAUGCGGAAGCAGAGAUUGAAAAGAUGCAGAAUAAGGUUGGCCGCCAGGUCAACAAAGUGGCGUUGCAGCGACUUACAGGCGGGGGACGAAAGAAAUUCAAUGUGCAAAGGGACGAGGACGACGAAAAUUAA